GUACCGUGGACAAUGUAUGACUUUAGAUGAAAUUGAUCUGUUAAAAGAAAAUGUUGAUUCUCGAUUAUCUGUAAAUACAUUUUUAUCUACAACAAAGAAUUUAGAAGUUGCACGAAUGUAUAUUGGCAAUGAUCAUCCUCUUGUUCAAUCAUGUAUAUUUGAAAUUUAUUUGAAUGCUAGAACCGAAUAUAAUGAUAAACCAUUUGCCAAUAUAAGCGACUUCACUGCUUUUAACGAUGAAAAUGAAAUAUUAUUUUCAAUGGGUACGGUUUUUCGUGUGAUAUCAGUUGAGAAAAAUGAAGAAGAACAUUUAUGGUACAUUAAAUUAGAACUGAUUAAUGAUGAAAAUUUAUUGAUUGAUUUCUAUCGAACUGAACUUGCUCAGCGUAAAAUGCCAAUAACAUUAUGUACAUUUGGUAUCUAUCUAAACCGGAUGGG